ACUCAUCAAUUGCACGCAAUUUAGUGCCACACGGUAUCCGGUUCGCGCAAAAUACAUAAAUGCCUAAAAUUUUAAAAUUUGAAAUAUUCUGAAGAAAUGUCCAUAAGAUAAGAUUCUGUCAAAUGGUUUGACUUUAUUUGGUUUAACUGGAAGUUUGCAUGGGUCUUGAAAAUUAAAAGGUUUUGGUUAACAUAUUUUGCCUUUGGCUUCGAAUUAAUUUGAAAGCGUCUCAGAUCGAAAUAAGUAAUUGCACGACGGGGUGACUCCUUUUUAAAAUUACUGGGAAAAUAUGAUCCUUAUGUUUGAAAAAUGUUUUUAGUUUAUCUGCUUUCUGCUGUUCUAAAGUUUUCGUGGCUUCCGUUCACAUUCAUCAGAGCGCUGUUCUUGUCGUCUUUUACUUUAUUUGCAAUUCAAGACACGUGACCACGGGGAGCACAUUCUCUCUCGUCAGCAGCAGAGCUGUCCAAAUUCCAUGAAAACCUUAUUUCGUCCUUUCUUUUUAAUUUCUAAAACUUGUACAGUUGAGACGUUAAAUGAAAGCAGUUUACAGUUUCUUUUUUUAUCGAGUAACUGCACACAGGUGACAAUGGCUACAGGUGACACAACUACAGGUGACACAACUGAUGCUUCAUUAGCCGCAGCUUUUAAUUAAUCGCGGUACCUUCUCGUAGAUUAUGCCUUAUUUGGUCACACAUUUGACACAAUUGAAGUUUACGACGAUUCGGAGUGUGCCACAAGAUGCAUGACAAAUGGCACCUGCCAAUCGUACAAUAUUCAGACCCAAGGGAACAGUGCCAAACAGCAGUGCGAGCUUAACAACAAUUCGCGAACCUCGGAACCCCAAGAUUUCAAAGGGAAGCCUGGAUUCACUUACUAUGGCUUAGUUGAGGUUUCUUGUGUGCAAAAUACUUGUAGUGCUAAGGAAGACUGUCAAUGUCAUCCGGGUUACAAAGGAAAGAGCUGUCAGAUUCAGAGACUUGGAUAUUUUCCCUCAAGUCCUGGACUUUCUUGUAAGCAAAUCCUGGACUCUGGAGACUCGGGAGGAGAUGGAGAAUAUUGGAUCGACCCAGAGAACAGUGGAAACCCUUUACGAGUUUACUGUGACAUGACUACUGACGGAGGUGGCUGGCUUCUUAUUGCCAACUUUUUGAUCAACAGUCCUGCUAAUCCCCCUGUAUGGACCGCUGACACAUCAUACCGCGCGAUCAGAAACUACCACAACAACAGAAUGGGCAUCACAACAAACGCCAUGAAUGAGCUGAGAACACACUUGUCUUUCACUCAACUUAGAUUCUACUGUAGUAAACAACAGGGACGUACGUUCCAUGUGACCACGGUCGCUAACAGUCCUGGUAAAGCUGCAGUUCAGUAUUUCAGCGGUCAGACGGAUACACUCCCCUACUCGUGCAACUCGUUUGUUAGAAUGAAAGAUGACAGUUCUUACCUUGCCAAACAGUGCAGCCAGUGGGGAAAUGAUGGAAUAUCGCAAUUUGUCGGGAAAUGGGGGCACAUUGACAAAAGAGGUGCAACACGUAUGUACGAUCACACCGCAUUUGUUGCUAAUCUUUAUCACUGGAAGAUCACACACGGAGUUUGGCUAUGUGAUGACAAAACCGGCAGCGGCUAUUUGCCUUUGUCAUCUGGAGAUUCUUGGAAAAUCUACUUGCGUUAAAUAACGUCUUAAAUGAUUCUACCUGUAAAAUAAUUGCCUGCUAACAUAAAGCAACAUGCCUGCGUUAACCGAACCAAGUUUGUGACAAGAUAUUCGAGUAAAAGUAACAACUAAUGAACUUGAAACUCUCAACAUUUUAUCAGUGGCAAAUCUUUAUUUGAAAGGGAGCAUUUACAAAGCUUGAUAUACACAUCUGACAAUAUGUAAGAAAUACAGUUAAACCUCUAUAUAACGAGCACCCUGGGCAAAAUAAACUGGUGAACAGAGUUGGCCGUUGUAGGAAAGUUUCAAUAUGUUUCCCUUCAUAAAGAACCGGCUGUUAAUUGAGAUUCCGCCUGCAUUACUUAGUUUAUUGACAUAUUCACUCUCGGUCUAUGCUUCUUACGUCUCCUUGACUAUCAUUAAUGUCGGGGGAACCAGCAGCUGUGGGUAUUGCGGGAAAACAAAGCUCGCUGUUGGGCCAGUCAAAAAUAUUUAGUGCAAGUUAGGUUUUCAGACCCAGACCUAUUUCCAGACUAGGUAUGGUUCUCUUUGUUAUUUUUAAUUUCUCUCUCUGUUUUUUUUGUUCACCUGUAAGAUAGCUGGUAUGGUUCACAAAAUGAAUAAACAAUGUGAACAAAAGUCUAAUGCUGAGCUUUCGGAAGAAGUCGUCCCUGGCGCAACUGAAGGAAGAAAAUCUCCUUUACUCCCAUAUCAUACCUUAUUUACAGGUCAUGGUAAAUUGUCUGUGUAUUGAAUUGUUACCCAAACCUUUACAUUUUACAAAGACCAAGAACGAAGUUCACGCCCAAGAACAUUUUAGUUAAUUUAUUAGCGCUGUCCUAUAAUUAUUAGCUUUGUUUGACAUGUACUUAAAUGCUUUCCAAGUCUUUUUUUAUUUCUUUAUUUUCCCCACUUAAUAAUGUAAUUGAUCUGUUUCCUCACCGAAAAGCAUUACGGAAGAGAAAAAAACAUAAUAAAGUGUAUUAUCGUUCGUCUCACGAUGUAGUC